UAUUUAAAAACAAAAAAUUCUGAAUAUUAACUCAGGUGAAGCUUUGCCAGAACGAAUUCGUAAUAACCUCCGUUCAACGAUAAUUCUCUUCAUUUUAUCUUAAAUUGUGAAAUGAGAAACAUCAACUUAAGCAUCGCUGGUGUCGCUUUUUUAAUCGUUGCGACUACCAUAUCCGCAACGGAGCAAAUUAGCUGUGAUAAGUAUUUCUCCACAAUGAGGAACGUAAGGAGAAAUGUUGACUCUACAGAGUUACGCGACUCAAUUCUGGAACUCAUUGGCUUCGUAACACCCCAUAGUGUUUUCGGAGUUCGUGCUUGCGAUCAGUGUUACGGUUCAGCUGCGAAAUUUGCUAAAUUACAUACAGUCGGUGCACAAACGUUCAAAAAACAAUACCAACUGACAGAGGAAGACUACGAAUCUCUAGCUAUUCGUUGCAAAGACUUUGGGAGCACUUCUGAACAAUAUACGACCGGAACGACAGGCAGUUCACAUUGUCAAAAUGUCGGCGGUCGCAUAUAUCGUUCAGUUGAUGGACGAAAUAAUAAUGCAAAAAAUUCUCAUUGGGGUGCGUCUGGUACUCCAUUUAGUCGGUUUGGACCGAAGAAUUAUGAAGAUGGAAUUUAUUCGAUUAAGAAAAGUGUGACUGGUUGCGAUUUGCCGAAUGCUCGUUUGCUUGUGGAAGAGGUUUUGGUAAAAUCAGUUAGAUCGCCACCGCCUCCACUAAAUUAUAACGUACUUGCCCUGUUAAUCAUUUUAUUUGCCACUCACGAUUUACAUUACCAAAUUCCAAUGCAACCGAAAACUGUAGAUAGAGAAAUUCUAUGCUGCAGUCAUGACAGACGUACCGUUCUGCCUUCAAGUUUAUCGAAUUCGGCAUGCCUUCCUAUUGAAGUAUCAAGAAACGACACUUGGUACAAAGAUGCAAAAAUUGGUUGCCUCAAUGUAGUUCGAUCACAGAUCGCCGAGUUUCCCAAUAAUGUUGAAGCUGGCGAAGUGGUUAAUCAAGCCACAUCCUAUUUAGAUUUGUCUCUAAUUUAUGGAAAUCAUGAAUCAGAAUUGCAGCAAAUCAGACUUUUCAGAAAAGGCAAACUUCGAAUGGGAAAGAGCAAUCUACUGCCAGUUGAUUCGAAAGGAAAGUAUCUAAAAUCAAUGGACCGUUUCGUUGCCGUACCAAUCGGUUCGAUUUGGCCGGCACUUUUCGCUCGCAAUCAUAAUCAUCUCGCUGAACGACUGGCCAUUCUUAAUCCCCAUUGGAAUGAGGAAAUCUUGUUCCAAGAAGCACGACGCAUCAACAUUGCAAAUUUUCAGUUCAAUUUGAUCACAGCCAAGUCGAUCGAACGAGUUUUCAAUCGACCAGUCAAUGAAAGUUAUUCCGAUGUGAGGAAUGCUGGUACCUUUAUCGAAUUCUCGUUUACCUAUCGUGCCGGACACUAUUACAUGCCGUCGACCAUGCAGUUUCUCGAUGUAAACUACACUGUAACGAACGAAGAACUUCAGUCUGAUACGAUCGGGAAAAUUGGAAUUCUUGAAAAUAAUUUUGAUGGUGCGCUCCGUGGUGUGGCAAGAAGACCCGUCAACACGGGGCCAUUCAGUGAUGAAAUAAUCAACAGAAUUGGGAAGAACACGAAGAAUGGCUACGGAAUGGAUCUCAUUGCGUUGGAUAUUCAACGUGGUCGAGAUCACGGCAUUCCUUCUUUUGUGGACAUAAGAAGAAAGUGUAAAUUAACUCCGGAAAUCAAUAGUUUUGACGAUUUCAACCUAAUUCUUAACAAAACCAAUGUCGAUUUGUUGAAGAAAUUUUACAAAUCCUACAAAGACGUCGACUUUUAUGUCGGCGGUCUAUUGGAAACCUUCGAAAAGGUUGGGAAUCCGUUCGCUGGACCCACUUUCGGUUGCGUCAUCGGGGAAAACUAUAAAAAUGCCAUGGGUGGCGACAUUUUCUUUUACUCACAUCCCGAAAAUCCUUAUCCAAUGACGCCAGCACAAAUCGCCGCGAUCAGCCAAUACACAACAUCGAAUAUCUUUUGUGUCAACUCGGGAUUGAAGGAAACAAACAAGUUGUGGGGGUAUGAGUCCCAUCCAAUGAAUCCGCAAAUUGAUUGCGAGAAUUUCCCCCCGCUGGAUUUAUCGGCAUGGAAAGAGUGAAUUCACUUCAGCGAACCAUAAUUGAAUAAAUUAGUUCGAAAGUAA